GCAUUUUUCUGAUAGUUUUACUAUUUUAUCUAAUUUUUUUUGUUUUAAUUUAAAAUCAUGAAAGAUCAAAAUUCAAAUAAUUCAACAAGUCGUGGUCGAAUUAAGAUGUUCACUGUGGGCGACUCAUUUGACUCAAUGGAUCACGAGAAUAAAACCCUUCCGCUAUCCCUGCCGACACUACCCCAAUCAACGCAACGCCCUCCAACACCUUCUACUAUCAAACCUCCAAAACCUCGCCUCGUGAAUCACAUCUACCACGAGUACUGCAACUACACGACCAUCCAUGGAGUCCAAUACCUCGGACAGAAGCGUCCAUUUCGUGAGAAAAUCGUUUGGAUUGUGGCUUUGGUGAUCUCCAUUAUCAUCUGUACCCAUCUGAUCUAUAAUACCUACAUCAAGUGGGUUGAGACUCCGGUGAUUGUGAGUUUUUCAGAGAAAUCAACGCCCGUCUGGAAUAUACCCUUCCCGGCGGUGACAAUCUGUUCGGAGACAAAGAGUUUUAAAAAUGAAAGUUUCGACUUCACUCAGUUCUAUAGGCAUUUAAAAAGCUUCGAGGAGAGAGAAUACGAGAAGCCUGAGAAUAUGUCACAAAUGGAAUUGAACAGAAUGAGGAGCUUACUGCAGAUCUGUGGAAAUCAUUUGGUUGAUGAAAUCAACUUGCCCCAUUUCGAAGAGACCAAAUACGAUGAGCGUUUAGAUGAAAUAGUUCCACGCUUUGAGAAGUCUUUUCCGUAUUGCAAGUGGAUGGCUCACUUUGGCGACUGCAAAGAGGUAUUUUUCAAGACCUAUACCGAGGAGGGUAUAUGCUACACCUUCAAUGGACUGAAUGCUUCCGAACUGUAUCGAGAGGACACUUAUCAACACCAGCACUUUCUCAGUCAGGAGGCGAUGCACAGGAGAAAAUACUCCACAGAAUGGUCGCUUCAGGGAGGAUACUACUAUAACACCAGCAUGGAGACAUUCCCUGCCCGCGUCCUGGGAGCAGGUUCGAGAGCCGGAUUGAUGGUGUCAUUGCAAAGCUUCGAACAAGACUUCGAUUACAUUUGUCGCGGAGCACUCGAAGGCUUCAAGGUGACUCUACACUCGCCCGAUGACGUUCCACAGGUCUCACGAAAUUUCAUCCGAGUUCCCUACGAUAAAGAAGUUGUGGUCCUCGUCAAGCCGAAUAUGAUCACAACAAUGAACGCUAUCAGCGACUACGAACCAAACCGUCGACAGUGCUUCUUCAACACAGAACGCUACUUGCGCUUCUUCCAGGUCUACACUCAGAACAAUUGCGAACUGGAAUGCCUCAGCAACUACACGCUGAGCAAAUGCGGCUGUGUAAAAUUCUCCAUGCCCCGACAUCCCGACACACCCGUUUGUGAUGAGACCAAAAUCCACUGUUUCGACCUAGCCGAGGAUGACCUGCUGGUCCAUGAGUUCGCCGAAGGCUUCACAGACUCCAAAUCAAUCGAUAGCGAUAAUUCAAAAUGCAAUUGCCUUCCGUCGUGUACGUCGUUGGAUUACAACACCGAAUUGUCGCAGGGCGACUACAGUGUCCAAAAGAUGUUAAAAUCACAUGGCGACACACAUUACAUGGCCGAGAACGAGGGCGUGCGUAUAUCUAAGCUGUCGAUGCACUUUAAAGACAAUCAAUUUAUCACGUCGAAGCGGUCCGAGUUGUAUGGCAUUACGGAUUUUGUGGCCAAUUGUGGCGGAUUGUUGGGACUUUUUAUGGGAUUCUCGGCACUGAGCAUUGUUGAGUUUUUUUAUCAUUUCACUGUUCGUCUGAUGACAAACAUUCAAGAUGCUAGAAGGAUUUGAUGUGGCUGUGAAGUGUUGUCUUUUAUUUUUUAAUGUUUUUUUUAUUAAG